AAUUCGUCUUCUUCUUCUUUUCUUCCCCUUUCUCACAGUUUUGAAAAUCCCAAUCUCGCUCUUCUCAAAGAAAAGGGGGUUAAACAAUGGCGAGAAGACCGGAAGAAGAAUACGACUACUUGUUUAAAGUGGUUCUCAUCGGAGACUCCGGCGUCGGCAAGUCGAAUCUCCUCUCUAGAUUCACUCGCAACGAGUUCUGCUUAGAAUCCAAAUCCACCAUCGGUGUCGAAUUCGCCACUCGUACUCUCCAAGUGGAAGGAAGGACUGUGAAAGCUCAGAUAUGGGACACGGCUGGGCAAGAACGAUACAGAGCCAUCACCAGCGCCUACUACAGAGGUGCGCUCGGUGCCCUCUUGGUCUACGACGUCACCAAACCAACAACGUUUGACAAUGUUAGCCGGUGGUUGAAAGAGCUCAGAGACCAUGCGGAUUCCAACAUCGUCAUCAUGUUGAUCGGAAACAAGACGGAUCUGAAGCAUCUCAGAGCUGUUGCCACAGAGGAUGCUCAGAGCUACGCGGAGAAAGAAGGGUUGUCGUUCAUCGAGACGUCGGCCCUCGAGGCGCUGAACGUGGAGAAGGCCUUUCAGACGAUUCUCUCCGAGAUUUACAGGAUCAUCAGCAAGAAAUCUAUAUCUUCAGACCAGGCUAAUGCGAAUGCUAACGUCAAGGAAGGUCAAACUAUCGAUGUCGCUGCCUCUUCUGAAUCAAACACUAAGAAGCCUUGUUGCUCUUCUUCCUGAAAGAGGCUAUCACACUUCGAAGCCAAUAUCUAUGUAUUUCCUUUUACGGCUUGCGUUGUGUUGCACUAGCUAAACAAUUGCAAGUAAUAUAACUCAAGGAUCAUUCCAUAUGAAUUGUGAAAUUCAAAUGCAAGUAAAUUGUUGUUUUAGUUA